ACCCAACAACAUAUCUCAUCUUUCAUCUCUUGUUUCUCACUUCGCUCAUUUAUUUAUUCCAUCUAGUUGCUCAGGCCCAAAUAUCAUAUACACAAUGUUCAUUCGUCCCAAAAAGCCAGAAGCAGAGCCACUUAACCGGCAAACUCUCAGAGACCUGGGCUACGCCUUUGACGAAGCCGACGGCCUGAUGAAAAGCACAGUCACAGGCGACCGCUACGAUUACGAGCAUUUUCCAGGGGACAAAAAGAAGAACCAAGAGUACUACCAAGCGUUGAUCAACCCUGCAUCCCGCCAAGUGAGCGAAAUCCUGCGCACCACCUAUGAAAUGCACCCCAUCGCUGUCCCCGACGCCAGACAGCCGCACUGCAACAUAUACGCAACCCCGAAGGCACUGUCCAAAGACAAGCUUGUGGUUAUAGUAAAUGGUCAUGGCAACUUUGCCGGCGUAUGGGCGUGGAAUGUGCUGACAAAGGACGGGCUAAAAGCUGGCAGUGUCAUUGAGUACGUGCGCAAUUGCGUGCUCCGCGGGUAUGGCGUCCUGGUGCUCAAUCCCAACGAGAAUAUUUGCGCGCCCGAUGGUGUCUCGGAGACCUUCAACAGCUAUGUGGGUCAAAUAACGAAUAUCACGGGCAGUGAGACGUCCAGCGAGCAUGUCGGGUACGUUUGGAGCCGAAUUAUACGCCCAGCAGCCAAACAUGUCGUCUUUGUAGCCUACAACACGGCCGGAAUAGCCAUGAUUGAUCUUCUCAAGUAUGACUACGGGCGUUUUACCGGAAAGACUGCCGGAAUAGCCUUUAUUGACUCGGCGCACUCCACCUUCCAGCUAUCCUCGGGCCCCCUUGCUUGGCUUCCAAGGUGCUCUAAGCAGUGGGUGACGGCUUCCGAACCGCAGGACUGUGCGGUUUCGAAUGAGCUCGUCGGGUGCCCGUCAGUGUCUGCUGGGAACCAGUCCGAUUGCCGCGAGCUUACGCCCUGGAUGUGCAUGAAUACAGUGCUUGAUUUCAUCGACCAGUGUUUUGAGCGCGGCCCGGUCGUCGAUGUGGAGGAGUUUGGCCCGGAGGAUAUUUUGGAUUUGGCCGAAGGGUCCGAUAGCGAAAACGAGGCGCUGGAUAUGAGCAACCUGGAAAGCGUCCGUGUUCUAAACGCGGGAGAGGCUGCGGCAGCGGUGCAAGAUGGAUACUGUGGCUGGGACUAAAAAAAUACGCACAACCCCUCUCUUUUUUUUGUAUUCCAAAUAUCAACACAAUCUUAAUUAUUUACUCAUCG